AUGACAGAAAAUCAAAAUGGUAGUCGAGGAUCAACUCCAGAAUCACAAUUGUUAGAUAGUGACUCUAGUAAUCUUAGAUAUACAACAAUUGAACAAGAAAAUGAAGCAAUUAAAGAAUAUAAUUUAUGGUUGAUUUUACCUGCAUUAUGGGCUGGUAGUUUCUUAGCAGCUGUUGAUGGUACAGUUGUUGCAAAUAUAAUGGGUCCAAUAGCUGCUGAUUUCAAACAAGAGAAUUUAAAAUCAUGGAUUGCAACUUCAUAUUUAUUAACAAAUACAGCUUUUCAACCAUUAUAUGGUAAAGUUUCAGAUAUAAUUGGUAGAAAAUAUGCAUUAAUGUUUGCACAAUUUACAUUUGGACUUGGUUGUUUCUUAAGUAUUUUUUCACAAAACAUUUUCCAAUUUGCUUUAAGUAGAGCUGUUUCAGGUAUUGGUGGUGGUGGAUUAAGUGCAAUGUCAAGUAUUAUAGUUAGUGAUAUUGUUGAUACUAAAAAUCGUGGAUUAUUUCAAGGUUAUGCUAAUUUAAAUUAUGCCCUAGGACAAACUUUAGGUGCACCAUUAGGUGCAAUUUUACUCACAAGUAUUGGAUGGAGAUGGGUUUUCGGUGCUCAAGUUCCAUGUGUUGUGUUUUGUAUGUUUAUGGCUUAUAAAAAUGUUAAUAUUGGACAAGAAAAACCAUUUACAAAAGAAAAUUUGACAAGAAUUGAUUUCGGUGGUUCAAUAACGUUGGUUAUAUCAAUUACAUCAUUCUUGUUAUUAUUAUCAACAGAUUUAAAUAGAGUUAUCUUGGGUAUUGUAUUUGUACUUGCAGCAAUAUUAUUUGUUUAUAUUGAGAAAUAUAUUGCUAAAGAACAAAUUUUACCUUCAGAUUUAGUUAAAGGAAUCUUGGGUAUUUGUGGUAUAUCAUCAUUUGCAGGUUCAUUUGUAUUGAAUGGUUCAAUUUUUGGUAUUCCAUCUUUUUUACAAAUUGUUCAAGAUCAAUCUAGUAAAAAAUCUGGUGGAUUUUUAACAUUUAUUGUUUUAUCUGUUAGUAUUGGUUCAUUAACUUCUGGGUUUCUUUUGAAAAGAAUUCAAAUUGAAGUUAAAAAAUUAUCACUUUGGAUUUCAUUCGCAAGUGUUACAUUCAUUUUAUUUGGGUUUGCUUUCAUAUUUAGAUCUAUUGUUACUCCAGAACCUUAUGAUUCAACAAAUUCAUGGAAAUUAUCAUUGAUUAUUGGUUUGACUAUCUUGGGUUUUGGUUAUGGAUCUUAUUUGGUUUCAUUACUUAUAACAGUUGUUGCAAUCACAGGUAAAGAAGGUCAAGCUGCAGCAACAGGUAUGAAUUAUUUAUUUAGAUCAAUUGGUCAAGUUCUUGGUGUUGGACUUUCAUUAGCCAUAUAUGGAUCUGAAAUUCAUAAUAAAUUGAAAGAAAUUUUACAAAAUGUUGAUCAUGGUGAUUAUAUAUAUCAACAUUUAUUAAGUGAUACAAAUUAUUUGAAAAAUGGUAAAUAUAUUACAAAAGAACUUUUAUCAAAAUUAUUGAAAGCUUAUCAAGAAUCCAUAAUUACAUCAUUCUAUCCAGCUUUACUCUUAGCUGUGUUGAGUGUAUUCAUUUCUGGUGGAUUAGCAUUAACAUAUGGAUUAAACCGUGGACAUAGAUUUAUAUAA